GCCCUGAAGUCCCCCGAGGCUGGUAAGGUCUCCCACGCCCUUUCCGCCGGCUCCAUCGUGUCGGCCGGGGAGUUGUUGGCCAGGUUGGAGUUGAAAGAUCCGUCCAAGGUGAAGAAGAUCUUGCCCUUUGAAGGUGAGUUCACCAUUGGCGCGCCCAUGGAACAGGACAUUGAGGUGCCACGCGCUGAGCUCCUGUCCUUGUUGGAUGGCUACUGCACGGAAGCGAAGGGUCCUCUGAUUGUGGAGCGCAUGUUCGCAGGCUUCGCCAACCGGGAGGCAGCAGCAGAAACUGUCCGCGGCGUGCUAGAGAAGUACCUCUCCAACGAGCGGCCCUUUGCAGCCUCCAUCCAGAAGAAGCAGCCUUACGACAAGUUGCUCCUGGAGCUGAUUGCGGAGGGCAAGGAGUCCUUAGAGAAGGUGCUUUUCAUGAUGGUGGCUCACAACAAGCUGGCAGAGCGCAGCGAAGCGGUCAUGGCCAUCCUACGCGAGAUGGUGGCUGCCGAGGGGUCCGGAAUGUCCUGCAUGUACGUGCCGGAUCUGGGCACUGGAGACGAAAUGGACAGCGCCGUCCAAGCGAAGAUUAUGGAACUCUCGCAGUUGCCAAGCAACUCUGGUGCCGCCGGCGACUAUGGCAAUGUGCGCUACCUGGCGCAACAGCUACUGGAUGUGGUGCCCCAGGAGUCCUUCGAAGAGCGGGUGAAGGCAUUCCGAGAGCAGUUGGAAAAGUUGGAUGAGAAGACCCUGGAUUUCGCAACCUCCCAGGAGCUUCCCGGGACCAUGGACGGCAGUUUGGAAGUGGAGUUGUUGGUGGAGGCCCUCAAUGAUUCCAAUGCCAUGAUCCAGAAGAGGGCCAUGCACGCAUACCUCUACUGGAUGGCUGCUCCCAGCCGAAUUCGCAAACUGGAAAUGCUGGAGGCAAAGGCACCCGUCAGCACAUCAGCGUUGUGGACGCAGUACUUCCCAGUGGACAAGAAGCAGGAGGAACAUAACCGCCACGGUCAAAUCAUCGUCAUACCUUCGGUGCAGCAACUGGACAGCGUCCUGGACCAAGCGGUGCUAGGUCCCUUGGUGAAGCUCCAAGGAGAAUUUCAGGGAACCGUUCCGCUGAACUUUCUCCACAUCCUGGUGGGGCGCGAUGCCUUCGCCUCCGUCACGGACCGGACGCUCUUCUACAACAGCGAUGAGGAGUUGAAGAAGGCAUUGAAGCAAUGCCAGGAAGCUUUUGCGCGAAAGGCAGAAGUUCUGAAGUCUGCUGGAAUUGGCGAGAUCUGUGUGGCCCUGCCACAGCCACCACGCUAUCCCCGCUUCGGCAAGUUCGUGAUCGACCCCACCAGUGAGGAGUUCUGGUGGCCAGAUUUGAUUCGAAGCGAUUCAACCUUGGAGACCGUGUUGCGUGUUUCACGGCGCACGGAUGGCUUGAAGGUCAACUGCCAGCGCACAGUGGUUCAACUGGAUUUCGAUGGCGACAAGGACUCUGGGCGGGUGCCAUACCUUGUUGAGCUGGACGCCAGUGGCCAGGAGGUCUUGGCUCCGAAGGAUAUUCCCGAGCUGAUCGUAGCAGCAGGGCAGCAACCAGCGGAACCCUGGCAUUUGAAACAAGCACGGGAACUGCGAGAGAGAGGUUUUGAGUAUGCCAAAGAAGCAAAGCACAAGGUCUUGUUCGACCCAUCUCAGCUCAGCCGCUGGUUCCUGCCUGGCUUCCUGCGGGCAAUUGGAGCCUGGCGCGCCAGCGGGGAUGUGAAGAUGCUGAAACUGAACCAGCUGCCUGGGAUUAAAGUGGAAACUACAGGAGUGAUCUCCUUCCAAUGCCUCACCUUGGAAUUUUGCAACUUGCUUGUGGAGGAGAUUCUGAAGUACCAGGCUGGUGGCUUUCCGCAGCGGCCGCCAAAUAGUAUGAACAACUAUGGCCUGGUCUUGAACGGAAUUGGUUUGAAGCCUGUCUUCUCGGCCAUGCUACAGGACUAUCUCCAGGGUAUCGCCGCGCGACUCUUCGGUCCAGAGGACAUGCGCGACAGCUCGUUGCCGGCGAAGGAUCUUGGUGGUGAGAACUGGGGCGGCGAUAGCCUUUCUGCACAUCACACCUUUGUGGUGAGAUACCAACCAGAUGAAGAUCAAUCCUUGGAUAUGCACGUGGACGAAUGUGACGUGACCUUCAACUUCGCUUUGACGCCAGCUGACAGCUUCGAGGGCAACGACUUGGUCUUCUGCGGAAUGCUGGGCUCUGUGUCGCAUCGUAAGCACCUCCACAGCUACAAGCACCAGCAGGGCCGUUGUGUGAUGCACCUGGGGAAACGUCGCCACGGGGCCUUGCCGAUCUCCUCGGGGAGGAGGAUGAGCCUCAUCAUGUGGUGCAAGAGCCCGCUCUUUCGACAGUCAGAUGAGUACCUCUUGCGACGAUUUUCUGCUUGGCAGAGGCACGAAUGUGCAAAGGCGCCGAUGAAGAAGCGGCCGCACUCACCUGAUCGCAUUUGUUUGUCUCACAGCCAUGACUCAGAUUAUGAGGAGUGGUCUGAGAGCGAGAUGAGCCGCGACAUGUGGCCCUCUUUCCCUGGCAUGUUGGAGCUGGGUACCUUGCAGCGUCUCUACAACCUGCAGCGUAUCCACAAAGAGGUGCGACCCACUUCGCAGAUCUACCUGGCAACUCAGCCCAUGGUGUCUGGCAAGGCGCCUGCUCCAGAGCUGCUGAUGCGUGCAGUAUACCUCUCACGUGUCAGCACCGAUGCCUUCAGUCAGUGCAUCACGGACAGCUUGGACGUGGCCUUGGAAGAGGUUGAGCACGCCAUGUUGGAUCCUCGGGUGGCGAAGUUUGGCCCCACGGUGACGAGCCGAGUCUUCCUUCACUUUCUGAGUGAAAUGGACUGCACGCUGGAGAGCGUGGAGCAACGCAUCUUCGAUACGAUCAGCAGCCAUUUGGGGCAUCGUGGAUCGGACGUGAUUAAGCUUUGCAUCGAUGAGAUCGAGAUCAAAGUGCAUCAUCGCACCGGUGGAGGAAGUGGACUGGAAAUCCUGCGAACUUCGUUGUCUUCCCUGCGUGGUGGCUUCUUGAAACCCAAGAUGCUGAGAGAGUUCCCCGAUCCCAUCACCGGCUUCCCACUGCGAUGGGAGGCUGCCAAAGAGGGUGCGGCUGUGGUGCAAACAGACCAUCCUCAUGUGGCGGACCAUGCCAUGCUCAGCAUGUACCAGGCGAAGCGAGUGGCGGCCCGACGGGCUGGCUCCACCUAUGCCUAUGACCUGCCGGGCAUGCUGCAGUUGGCCCUGACGAUGAAGUGGAUCGCAGCCACUGGCAGCUCGCCCAGGAGAACGAGCAGCUCCGCGGAGUUGGAGGUUCGCGGUGGUGGAGCGCGACGCCGCAGCCCCUCCCCCCGCUCCAUGAGAGGAGCGCCCACGGUGCCGUCUCAGGUGCCUGAGGCAAUGCCAAAGGAUAUCUUGUCCGUGGUGGAACUGGUCAUGGAUUGGUCCAAGAUGGAGUUGGUGGAGAUGGAGCGUGCUGAAGGCAGCAACGACGUAGGAAUGCUGGCCUGGAAACUGACCUUGAAGACCCCGGAGUACCCUGAAGGACGUGACCUGAUUCUCCUUGCCAAUGAUGUGACCUUCCAGGUGGCAAACAUGUGGCAGUCCUGGGUAAGGAUAAAGGAGAUGGAGGCGGCAAAACAGAGCCUUUUGGCAAAAGGAGGGACCCUUGGGGAUUGGACAGGCCUCAUCACCAAUGGCCUGCAGCCUGAAGACCUGGCUUGGGUUGAUGCUGCAACGCAUCCUGGAAAUGUCUUGGACUAUGCCCGACGCGUGAUGAACCGUGACGGCAUCAUGGAGUACGAGUGCUAUGACGCCAGAGGGCGAGCACAGGGCAAAGCCAUUAUAAGGCUGCUAGACUGGGAUGACUAUGCGUUGGGGACACUUAGAGGUGUCCACCUGAGAGCGUCCGAUCCCUACUAUGACUGGUAUGCCCAACAUGAACUGCAGGAGGGCAAAGGGAUAUAUCACCUGUGCGGGUCAAAGAGGUCCCAGUGCACGGCUCGCUUGGGCAGAGGCGACAGGCGGGAGAUGGUGCACUUGGAGCGGUGGCGCAUGACGAACCCCAUGGUCAUGAUGGAGCACGACUACUCCAAGGAAGUGGCACUCAUGGCGGUGAACAACUGGGUGUCCAAUUUUGCCGCAAAGGUGCCGGAGCCACCAAACCCUCCGGGGCCCCCGGGUGGGGCUAGGGGGGCUGAUCCAACGGGUUUGGACAAGGCACUUGCCGAAGCUGGUGAAGCUGAGGAGGAGGCUCAGGUGGAGAAAAGAAAGAAGAAUGAAGGAGGCCGGCCUGAGGUUCAUCCAAAGGGCUUAGUAGGGUUGAUGCUGGAGAGAAAGGCCGCAGAGAGGAGAGCUGCUCUGGCUGACAAGGAACGGCAGGAUCAGAGAAGGCGGCCUGACAGAGGGCGAAGCCGGAGCAGAGGACGCCGGCGAAGGAGGCGUAAGCGGUCUUCAAGCCCUGGUGAAAAGUGGCAUGAAAGAUCUGACUCAUCAGGGUCGUCACGAAGUUUUCGAGAGCCCUCUACCCGGGGGGAGGUCGAGAUGUGGCGGCAAAGCAGGAAAAACCCCGGGGCCCUUCUGAAGAAAGGGAUGGAGGAAAUGGCCCGCUAUUUAGCCGAGAGGGCACCCGGCGAAGAAGGCGGCACCGACACGUGGAUGAGCCAUCGAAUGAUGGCCUACGUCAGUCAAGUGGUGCUCACCCAGCAUCCUCCAGGGACCAUCGGGGUCCGCAAUCACAGGGAGCUGCUGACCUUAGGUCGAGCCAUCGACAUGCUCAUUCAGGGGCAGCUGGGGGAGCUGGGCGACCUUCUCAUGCAGAGACUGAAGGCGGUGGAAACCUCGCUGGUGGAUCAAGGAUGGCACUCGGCGAAACAUCAAGAGCUGAUCCCUCCCCAUGCAGCCAGUCUGACAACAGAAGCCGAGAGGCGUCGGACGGCUCGGAUGGAGAUCUCAGCAAACAAGCUGAAAGAGAUGACGCUGAAGGGGAGGUCAAGUCGGCCAGCGGCCCUGAGGGAGAGCGACCAUCGCCGGGUGGUUUUCAACGAGAAGCCACUGAUGAUCGGAGAGAAGAAUGCGGCCGAGAAGGAGAGCCCCGAGAGCGAGGGGAAGGCGAAAGGAAAAGGAAGGGGAGAAGAGGAGCGAGAGGAGUCCAACCCCCCCGAAGUCUUGACUGAUAAAGAGAGCUUCGAGACUGUGAGCCCCGAGAAGGAGGCCGAGUCGAGUCUGGAGAUGUUCAAACGAUGGUUGGAGACUGAGGAGACUGGAGGACUGAGUGUGGCCCAGACAGGGGCGCUGCUGGCCCUCAGCGUAUGGCGCAGUGGUACGCCGUUAGGCAGCUACUUGCAUCAGGUUUUGCAGCCCGGGCCAGACGACGGUGAUUCAGGAAGGAGACAAAGGGGGAUUCUUCCUUUACCGCUUUUACCUGAUGCAAGAGCGGAGAUGGAGAAGCUUUUCAAUGAGGGCGAGUUUCGGCGACUUGCUGGAAGCUGGGGGGCCAAGAAGCAGAACAAAGAGAAAGCGGCAAAGCAGAUCCGUCGGAGUGGUAUGCUAUUGUGGCAUGGGCUGGUUGUGACCGGCAUCAAUGCCCUUUGGACCGGAGGUGGCAAUUCUGGAAAAGUUCAUCGAGGAGGACCUUCAAAGGCUCAGCAGAUGGCCCUGGAUAGGAUAUGGGAUGUGGUGCGCGAUUUCGUUGAUGACCGGUCGGAAACCCAAGAAAAAGUACCCAGGUCACCUACCCUGGGUGAGUGGGGAAAGAAGUUGGGUGACGUCCGGAUCUCAUAUCAGGGUGAGAUUGUUGAGAAAGCCCACCAGUUGACCCUGGCGCAGAUCUUGCCUGGGCUUCCUCCUCCAGGCUUCGGGGGUAGUGUCCCCUUGGUGGAGCUCUGCGAUGGGGAGUUGAGAGAAAAGCUUAUGAACCCUGAGGGCAAUGUGCUGAAGGAGGAGGAGAUGCCGGAAGACCUGCCGAAACCCAAGGUGCACGCCAGCCCAGAGCAGUGGCAACUGAUAGCCAAGGAACUUUAUACCCGUGGAUUGGUGGAGCCAGUUGAAAGUCCUUUGGAAAUCAAAGGCAAGCCCAUCUGCAACGGCGCAUUCGGCGUGGUCAAGCCAGGCAAAUUCCUAGAGGACGAGCGCCCGAUCCUCCGACUCAUAAUGGAUUUCAGAGCGGUCAACGCUGCCACUCGGAUCCUUGAAGGAGACGUUCGGAAGUUGACCGGUGCCCCGGCACUGCAACAUAUCGUUCUCCCGAACAGCAGCGUACUGAGGGUCUCGGCAGAAGACCUUGUAGCUGCUUUUUAUUUGUUCGCAUUGCCCCCAGGAUGGUCACGGAUGAUGUGCUUCGGUGAGAAGGUGCCAUGGACAUCACUGGGCAUUAGCCGGCCGGGUUCAGUAUACCUGGGGGCUAGGGUAUUGCCCAUGGGCUGGGCCUCGGCGGUGGGGGUUCUUCAGCAUGCCCACCGACGAUUGGCCCUCAGAUCACCUUUGUCAGGGGGAGCCGGCCUCCUGGGGGCGUGUGAGAUCAGGCGGGACGCGGAAUUCCCAGACCUGGAACUGGAGCGAUCGAUGUGGUCGCUUUACUUGGAUGAUACGACGCUGGUUGAGAUCCUGGACAAACGCGUCGCCAAGGAGCUGGAAGGAAAACCCUCGGCUGAGCAGGAGCGCCUGAGAAGGGCUUACCAGCACUGGGGAAUUCCAGUGUCAAAGGAAAAGGCACUGGUAAGGAAUGAAGCGGCCGAAAAACUUGGGGCCGUGGUUGAUGGAGAAAAAGGGGUCUUGAAAGGAUCCACGAAACGUGCGCUGGAGAACCUCUCGUUGGGGUUUUGGCUGUUGCGCCAGGAACGAGUACCAAGAAAAGCCCUUCAGGUCUUUCUGGGAAAGGAGGUCCACACAAUGCAGUUCAGACGUCCCCUCUUUGGGGUAUUUGACUACCUCUGGAAGGAUGUGGCCCAGGGUUCCCCCAUGGUGGAACUAGGGCUGAAAUCAGUGGAAGAGGUAUUGCUCAGUGGACUUCUGCAACCGCUGAGAAGGACGGAUCUGAGGGCAAGGCUGCAUGAACUGGUGACAGCCUCGGACGCCAGCGAAACCGGUGGCGGAAUGGUGUAUGGGCACAAAUUGUCCCAGCAAGGAUUGAAGGAGGUACUGGCCAUUAAAGAGGGCUGGGAGGAGCCUCCAGAAGAAGAGGUGAAUGUGGAUGGGCCUCAAGUGGUCCUGGCAAUUGAUUUCUUCGCUGGGAUAGGGGGACUUUCCCGUGCCCUUCAGUUGGCUGAUGUGAAAGUGGCCCACCUUUUGGUGGUGGAAAAUGACCCGGAUUGCAGGCGGCUAAACGCUGUACGGUGGCCAGGGUGCGAUCUGAUGAGCGACAUCCAGAAGGUCACCAAGAAGGAGCUGGAAAAGGCCAUUAGAGGAGUGCCUGGGUUGACAGGCGUGAUUGCAGGGGGCGGGUCCCCAUGCCAAGGCUUGUCGCAGCUCUCGGCCAACAGGAAACACCUCGAAGAUCCCAGGUCGAAGCUGUUUUACCGCCUGUGUGAGAUCUUUGGGUGGAUUGCUGAUAUAUGUGGUGAGAUGGAAGUCUGGAACCUGAACUUCCUUGAGAAUGUGGUUGGUGAUGAAGCUGAUGUGGAGGAAAUGACAGAGGAGCUGGGUGCGCCUCCACUUCGAGUUUGCUCGAGCGGGUUGUCUCGGGUUCGAAGGCCCCGGUUGUACUGGAGCAACGCUGACCUGGAGGACCAUUCGAGUUAUACGAAGGCGCACUAUGCACUCUGGGACGAGCUUUGCUUUGAGGAGGAGCUGGAGCCCAUGGAAUUCUUCUGUGAUGAGGGAUGGCUGUGGGCCGCUGGAAACCAGGAUGAAGAAAAGAGGCUGCCUACAUUUACGAGGGCCAUUCCUCGGAGCAGGCCCCCGGUGUGCCCGGCGGGAAUUGAUGGAUGCGACGAGGCCACCUUGAAAAGGUGGAAGGAGGACAAGAUGAAGUACCCUCCCUACACUUACAAAGAGGACUUCUUGUUUGAAUCAAAGAAGGACUCAAACAAGAAGCGGGUGGCCUCAGCGUCUGAAAGAGAAAGGCUGAUGGGUUACCCGACCGGGUACACGCUCGGGCUUUUCAAGAAAGAGCCUGGUUCCGAUUUUGAGAUGGAGCAACAGGAGGUAGCACGCUGUGCUGCCCUGGGCAACAGUUUCCACGCCGUGACAGUGGCAUGCCUGAUUGACCUGUGGCUGUGGUCAGCUGGAGUUCGCACUGAUCCAAUGGGUGCAAAGGCCAUUGUGGAGCGAUGGCAUAAGGAGAUGAGCGAAAAGGCAUUCAGCGACUUUGGAGGGCUGCUGCUGAAGGAGAAGCAGGCGAUGAGUUCGAGCCUGCAAGAACUUGAGUUGGAGGAGGAGGCGAUGAGCCAAGAUGGUGCGCCACGUAAUGCAGAGUGGUUGCGCAUGUGCGGGCAAGGCCAAGCAAAGGAUGGUCCAGACCCACUCAGUGUGAGGUUGAUCCAUCAGUACCUUCGACGAUGUGAGUUUCGAGGGUCAGACAUUCGCCUGGAUCUAGGCGUGGUAUAUCGGCCAGAUGCUGUCAAGAGGACGAGCAUUGACCCGCGGAGGUGGCUCUGGAGAACGGCUCAAGCCUAUCGCUGGAGCAAGCGAGAACAUAUCAACCUCCUUGAGCUCAGGGCCGUGCUGCGGACGCUUGAGUGGAGGAGCCGUAGCACGGCGUUUCACAGUUGCCGGUUCAUGCACCUGUCUGACUCGCAAAUCGUCCUGGCAGUGCUGACAAAGGGCCGGUCGUCGUCCCGCCGGAUCAAUCGAUUGCUGAGAAAAGUAGCAGAGAGGAAGAAAGAGAGGCAAAAGAUUGGACGGCUGGGAGACCAAAAGAUUUCACCUUGCACGCGAGAGCGUUACCACCACUCUCUCGAGGAAGUGGCCAAGUAUGUGAAUUUAAGUCCUCAGAUGCUGCUGAGGCAAGACAAUCUGGAUGACAUUUUGUCGUCCUUUGUAGAGAUGCUUUGGGAGGAUGGUGAAUCGCGUUCUCAAGGUAGCUAUGCUAUAGCUGCCAUCCAGCACUUCGCCCCUGAUGCAAAAGGGAGGCUUAAGAAUGCUUGGAAAUUGAUGGGGUUGUGGCAGAAAAUUGAACAGCCAAGGCGUGCCACUCCGUUAGACCCCUCCUUGUUGCUGGCGUUUGCUGGGGUGUUUUGGAAGUGGAAAUGGGAAGAUCUGGCCUGUCUGACCGUGGUUGGAUUCGCUGGACUCCUGCGGACGGGAGAGAUGUUUGCCUUGCAAAGAUCAGAUGUGGUCUUGGCGCGCAAAGCAAACCAGCCUUCCAUCAUAUUCCUCUAUGACACCAAAACUGCAAAGCGCAAUCUCCUGACUGCAGAGAAGGUGUUGAUCUACGAGCGGUGUGCUAAAGCAUGCCUCCACUUUCUCUGCAAGAAUAAAAAUGGCACAGAACGCCUUGUGGACACAGCGCCGGCAAAGUACCGUGCAGUGUGGAAGGAGGUCGUCGACCACUUAGGUCUGAAUUCAUUUCACUAUUUACCAUACUCUCUUAGAAGAGGAGGAGCUACGUCCGCCUACAAGGAAGGCAUGACUUUUGAACAGCUUCUCAUCAAAGGGAGGUGGCAGAAUGUUUCAACUGCUAGGUUGUAUUUGGACCAGGCUUUGCAGGAGUUGACUCGAAUCCAACUCCCUUCCACUGCUGUUGCUCGAGUCCGCGCAGCCAAGCUGUGCUUUAAGGCUGCCGGGCUGGGACGCGUGGAGGGGGAGGCUGGCUCCUUUGGAGUCCGCGAGGACCAGUUCUUCCAAAAGGCGUCCGAGCUGGCACGUGUGCUUGGCCUGCCCCGGAUCUAUGUCUCCUGCAACAGCGGUGCCCGAGUUGGCCUGGUGGAAGAAUUGAAGCCUCUCUACAAGGCGAAAACGCGGGUCAUUGUUCAGUGGAUCGAUCCCAAGGAUUGCGGCAAAGGCUUCGAGUACCUCUACCUCUUAAAGGCAGACUAUGAGAAGCUGCCCCCCGGCAGCGUGGAGGUGCACAAGAUCCAGCAGGGCGGCGAGGAACGUUACGUCCUGGAUGCCAUCAUCGGAGAGGGCAUGAAGAGUACCAAGGGCGGCAUUGGCGUUGAGAACCUCCAGGGCAGUGGCCUCAUUGCGGGCGAGACCAGCAGGGCAUACCAGGACACCUUCACCUUGUCCUACAUUACGGGGCGUUCCGUUGGCAUCGGUGCCUACCUGAACCGCUUGGGCCAGCGAAACAUUCAGAUGGUCAGCAGUCCAAUGAUCCUGACGGGCUAUGCUGCCUUAAACAAACUCCUGGGAAAGAACGUCUACUCCUCCCAGGAUCAGUUGGGUGGGCCACAAAUCAUGGUGCCCAACGGCGUGACGCACCAGGCAGGUGAAACCAUCCCUUCACAUCCCACGACACGGCGCGUCUCGAUGGCAGGUGGUCAGGGACGAUCAGGAGGGAAUGGCGGCCAUCUUGGACUGGUUGAGCUUUGUUCCCAAGGACAUCUCGUCUCCUCCUCCCAUUUGCCAACCCGCAGGGGUGGACCCAUGGGAUCGUGA